CUAAGGGAAACAGGCUCGUUUUACAAGGUGUAAUAAGUUACGUGAAUAUGACACUUGAUAAGAAAAUUCACUCGCAGGAAACAAUACCCCCCACAGCAUUGAGGAAGUAUGCAGUAGUGGAUAUAUUUUUAUCCUCACGAUUACCACUACCUGUGUAAUUUUACCGUAAUAAUAAACACCGGUUAUGUGUGACGACUAAAUGGUAGCCUCUUCCAAUAUUCACUCAAAUGUCAAAUACAUUAAAUUCUCGUAAAGAAUAUACCCUAAUAUACCCUUAAGAAUAUACCCUGUACUAGAAUAUACUAGAGUCGGACGGAGGCUUUGAUUUAAAGGUUUCGUGAUUUUUGUAGAAAUAUUGCAAUAUUAAUGAAUUAUUAUCAAACAAUUAAUCAAAUGGUUAUUAAUCAAAUUAAUGAGUCAGUUAAUUAAUAUUAAAAACAUUGUCAGAAUUAGUAUGUUUUAUCAAAAUGACUUUCAUUACAAUUAAUUACAAAAUUUGAUAUGAUUUAUUAUUAAAAAAUCAGGAAAAAUUGAGAAAAGGUAGUUGUAAUUAUUUAUAAGGUAACUACAAUGAUCAGGAAGGAAAAGUGCAUAUUUUUAUGUGACAAGCAUUAGGUUGCAAAUGCCUCUACAAAUGAAAUAUUGUAUAAAAUCCACAUGAAAAAAGAAAAAUGGAUGAUUUGAGAACUGAAUGGAUUAAGGAAAGAGUUCUAACAUUUAUGGGAGAAACAGAUGAAACAAUAUUUGAUGAUAUGCUACAGAGGAGUGGUGAAAUCAAACAAGAAUUGGAAGGAUUUUUAAAUAGAGACCAAUUGUUUGUGUCUGAUGAGAGUUAUAGAACAAUAAUAUUUUAUAAAUCUUAUGUUGAUGCAAUUAUUGAAGAAGAAAUAUUGGUUCCAGAAGUUGUUAAAAAAUCUAAAACUCCAUCUCGUUCAGAAACCCGUUCAUCUCAAGAAGAAGUGACAAAAAAGGAAGAUCCCGAUGAGGAAAUAGAUAAAGAUGUUAAGGACAAAGGGAAAGUAAAGGGAAAAGGCAAAAUCAAAAGUGGGAAGAAAGGGAAAACAAAAUCUGAAGAUAGUGAAUCAAUUGAGGCAACAUUAGAAGAAACAAAUUCUGCAGAAAGUCCUGGUGAAACAAGUUCUCCUGUGACAGAACAUGAAGGAUUAAAGAAGGAUGAUGGAGAAGCAGAGGAGGACGAUGAAACCAAAAAGAAAAAGAAGAAGAAGAAAGGCAAAGGAGAAGGAAAAAGAAAGAAGAGUGGUAGAAUAAGUCCUGAGACCUUGGUUGAAACUGUACCGGAGCCUGAACCAGAGCCUGAGCCAGUAACUGCUUCUGAGAUUCAGCUAGGACAGGAGAGUCCCACUGAGCCUGAACCAGAAAAAAAAGUGGAAAAAGUUAUACAGAAACCUAUUUUGCAUGCAUUGUUUGGACGCAUCCCAAAGGAGUAUGAUGAAGAGGGUAUGAGAUGCAAGUUUGUAUAUUUUUUACGGUAUUAUGAAGAUGGAGUUCCAGAAGUUUCAAGCCUUAAAGAGGCAUGGCAAUUACUACCUCAGUGUAUUCUAGUUGGAACAAUGGAAAGUGACUAUUUCAUAUAUGUGAAUAGAAUGAUUAAAAAUUUACUUUCACCAUUUGUUGAAAUGAUGUACCAUGAACCAAGUCAUAUUGAUAUUAAAGAAAAGAUGCAAAUAAAAGCAAAAGUAAAUUUACAAGACACAGAAUUGGGUAAUAUUUCCCAUAAGACACCAUCAUAUUACAUGGACCUCAUAGUUGAUAUGAAUAAAAGUGCUGAAAAACGAGCUUCUUUAGUACCAGCAGUUCAUCCAAAACAAAUUCCACAACAUGAUUUGAGUGGACAUCAUGUGGAUUUCAGUAGUAAUGAUUUAGUCCAUCUAACAUUUGGGAAGAGAUUUCAAUCACAACAAGCUGUAAUUUCUGAUUCUUGGCCAGAGAAAAUUACUGCAAAAAGGCUCAUUGGUAGUAUGGAAGUAGAUGGAAGUAUUGAAGAUGAAAUACAAAGGGAUAAUGCUCACAAACACUUUCUGUUGGAGAAGUUAAAUCAAAUCCAUGAUAUUAUUCAGUGGACAAUUGAUCACAAAGAAGAUCCUGACAGUUCUGUUCUACCUUAUAUUGAAGUAUUUCAUGAUCCCAGUACCAUAGAUCUUGUUAAUUCACCAAAAGAUCCAGUUAUUGUAGAACAAUUGGAGAAAGACAUUUCUACUUUACAGACAUCUGUGAAAGACAUUUUGCAGACUGCAUUAAUACAAAAGCUUACUGGCAAGGAGCCUCUUGAUGAAUACACAUUCUGGGAAGAACGUUUUAAAACAUUGCAUACUGUCGUGGAAGAAAUGAAAUUAAUUCAGUCUAAUGUUGAUAAAAUAGUUGAAGUUCUAAAAAUAGCUCAGUCAUCACAUGGUGACAGUUUCGUGGAGAGUAUGUCAUUUUUCAUGAAAAAUUAUCACGAAGCCCUUAGUAAUCAUACAUUUUUGAGCUCAAUUCAGAGGUAUUUUGAGACAAUAACAGAAUUCUCUAGCUUCCAGAAAGUGAAACAUGCAAUUGAGUAUGUGAUGAAAAAAUUGUACCUGAUAUGGAUUCUGUCAAGUUAUUACAACAAAGAUGAUACAAUGGUUUCCUUAAUGGAGAAAAUAGCUUAUGUCUUACUCAAGAAUGUAGGAAAAUUUUUGGAAAUCAAAACCCUUCUUGAGUUACCUUUAGAAGAGAUCCAAUUCACACUUGAAGAGUGUAGUAACGUACUAAUGACAUGGAAAAACAGCUAUUUUGAUGUUCGAAAAAUGAUUGAAGAAAAGGGAAGAAGUCAUAGAUGGGAAUUUGAUAGAAAUCGAUUAUUUCGUGAAUCAGAAUGGAUUAGAACUGUAUGUAAUGACUUGCUUAAAAUAACGAAGGUUUUAAAAGAGUUCAAUAAUAUUUUUGGAGCAGAACUCAAGUCUGAACUUGAAGAUCCUGCGCAUGUUGAUGCUAUAAUGGAUCGUGUAUAUACUCUUCUAGAUCCAAUUAAGAAUUCUGAAUUUGAUAUUUAUGAUUGGAAAGACUCACAUCAAGCUAUUAAAUUGCUUUUGAAGUUUACACAUUUUGAGACAAGGCCUGUAAUUCAUGAAGAAUUGAAGCAUAAAUUGCAGUGUGUUCUUCAACAUUACAAAAAGGAAUUAUUGGAUAUUGAAAGCGAUUUCCAGAAACACAAAGAAGAUCCUCCUCUUGAUCGUAACCGCCCUUUUUUUGCUGGGUCUCUACAUUGGACAAAAGGGUUGUAUUCAGCUCUGAGAAAACCUGUUCUUAGUUUUCAGGAAGUGCCAGAAUUUCAUGAAAAUGAACUGAGAAAAAAUGUUACUAAUGAUUAUCUUGAGGUAGCAGCUGAAUUGAAAAACUAUAUGGACAAGAAAUAUACUGUGUGGUUAGAUAAAUCAAUUCCUACUGUUCAAAAAAGUCUCAAAAAAAAUGUUUUAAAAUGUAUGCAUAUUCACAAGACAAAAACCGGUGAAAAGUCAAGAACUUGGGAAAGUGCCGCUCUUCAAAGACUUUUAAAAACUAGUUACAGUGUGUACAAAAUGAAAGAAAAGGAUGCAAAUCGACGCACAUCAUAUGCAAGCACUCAGUCUUCUAUUCCUGUUUGGAAAAGGCCACCUACACCAGUCCAUGUAACUAUGAGUCAACGUGCCCGUGCCACCAAACAACCGAAGUCCAUACUCACUGGAGUGAGCUUGCGGGUGGCAUUAUUUGCCACAAGGUUCAAAAGAAAAAGAAGUUCUAGAUUUACUCAUAGUCCUACUUAUAGUUCUGAGUAUGAAAUGCACAAACAUGAUCUUCGUAGAGAUCACGGCUUUGAUGAUUAUGAGAUAAUGGAAUGGGAAGAUACUCCAGAGAUGACUAAAUUUCAAAAUUUCCUUCUGAACUGGAUUGAAGAUAGGAGGGGAAGUAGGUAUCUACCAUGGCCAAGUGUAAUGAAAAGUACAAUUCUUCUCGAGUACAAUUUACGUUUUGAUGUGAACUUCAACAAUGACCUGCUUGAUACUUUGGAAGAAGCGAUAUUAAUGGAGGAUCUGGGAUAUUCCUUACCAGUUUAUCUUCAUGAUAUUGUUGUUCAGAAAGAUAAUAUUGCAUUGGAACAUGAAAAAAUAUGUAAAAUGGUUUCAUCAUAUAAUGAUUUAUUGUCAGGUUUAGCAAAGGCUGAGCUUUGUUUUUUGAAAAAUCAUUUAGUAGAGAUAGAAGAAAAAUUUCACAGAGGCCUUGUUCGUGUUAACUGGGCUAGUUUGGAUAUUGAUCAUUAUAUCAAUGUGUGUCAAGAAGAUUUAACAUCAUUAUUUAAUCUCAAAAAACAAUUACACAAAAUUGCGGAUGAACUUCAAGCAAGAGUUCGAUUGUUACCAACAUAUAAUCUUUUCUAUGUCAAGAAUCCUGGAAAAGGUUAUUUUAGAAUCUCAGCAAAGGGUUUUUUUGCGCAGUUGACAAAGUUUCGUAAUGAAGAAUUUAUAAAAAUUGUUGCCAUAUACAGAACAAUAGCACCUAUGCUGAUUAAAUUAGAAAGUCUAGUAUUACAGACAUGUACAGGGACAUCCACUUUAAUGGUGCCCUACUAUUCUGUUUGGGAAGCUGAAGCUUAUGAUGCACUUCUAAAGUUAUGCAUAAUUAAUAUUAAAAGUUUCAUUCGAUUUCUACAUACCAAGACAGCCUAUUUUAGAGUUGAUACAACACUGAAUCCUCCUAAUGUUGUCCUUUGCCCAUCUCCAAAGGGGAUUUAUAACAUUAUAAUGCAAAGUGUCCGUGACUUUGUAGAGAGAUGGAAAAGGUACCAAAAUUUAUGGUUGUAUGACAAACAUCGCAUUACUGAACUGUUUGCCAGCCGCAACCCUCCUUUAAGAGCAUAUGAUGAAAUGUUCUUUUAUUAUGAAAAUGUCAUACAAGAAUGUAAAAAACUGGAUUUGUACAUUGAUGUAAAUUGUGUACGAAUAAAUUCCAUACCAGUUAUUGAAGCUAUUGUUGAACAUGCACUUCAAUGGAAAUAUCAGUAUGGAUCUUGCCUUGCUGCCCAAGCAAGAGAGAAAAUGAACAGUUUCAUGAAUUAUCUAAUGGUAAUUUAG